AACAGGAGCAGUUUGCCAUGAAUCAUGAUGGGGUCACGCAGGUAUACAAUAGGAGCACUGGUAUUGUUAUUUGGGACAGCUACGCACUCUUACAGAGUUUUUCAUCCAGAAGGGCCAACAACCAAACCGGGCCAAUGCCCACGUUUCCUCACACACUUUCCAUCUCGUUUGGGCUGCACUUGUGAUCAAGACUGUCCUGAAAAUGAUAAAUGCUGCACUUACCCAUGUGGAUCUAUCUGCGUGCAUCCUGAGUUCGUAAAGGCAGAGUGUCCUAGACCAAAAGGCAUGGGUUCAUGUGAGGAAAAAUGCACUGACGACAGUGACUGCUGCUGUGGUACGAAAUGUUGCUCCAACGGCUGUGGGCAUGAGUGCACAGUACCCAAAAUAAUAAAGCCAGGUUACUGUGGUCUGUGGUCAACGAACGAGUGUGGGGAUUUCUGCAGAGAUGAUGGUUAUUGUCCAGAUGACAAAAAGUGCUGCCCAUCCUUCUGUGGUCAUUUCUGCAAAGACCCCAUCUAAUCAGACAGUAGUCAGCUGAUAUUACAUCUCUGACUGCAAAUGUUUGCAUUCAUGAAUUAAAAUCUUUGAAGCUCA